CCGAAAUGAAGAAAAACCAAGCAUAUGAACGCAUCACUGGAAACCGUGAACUGAACUCCAGUCCUAUCAACUGCUCAGUUACAAAAUGUCUGUUCCCGGCCAACCUUUUCCAACGUCCUCAACAGGUUGCAUCCAUGUGUUUUGGCACGAGGGAAUGCUAAGACAUGACACAGGCCGUGGCGUAUUUGACACGGGGAUCGACCCAGGUUUCUUGGAGGUGUUAGAAAAGCACCCAGAGAAUUCAGACAGGGUCAGAAACAUCGUCUCUAUCCUCAAAAGAGGACCCAUCUCUCCUCACGUCUCUUGGCACACUGGCAGACCUGCUAAUAUUCCUGAGCUUCUCUCUUUCCAUUCCCAAGGAUAUAUUAAUACGCUAGUUGAAGCCGACAAGAAUGGGGGUAAGGAAAUCUGUGGUGGUACCUUCUUGAACCCUGGUUCAUUCGAUGCCGCUCUGCUAGCUGCCGGUACUACGCUAUCAGCUAUGAAACAUAUACUUGAUGGCCACGGGAAACUAGCUUAUGCAUUGGUUAGGCCUCCAGGUCACCAUGCUCAACCUACUCAAGCAGAUGGGUAUUGCUUUUUUAACAACGCAGGGCUUGCUGUGCAAUUGGCUUUAGAUUCAGGGUGUAGAAAGGUCACGGUCAUAGAUAUCGAUGUUCAUUAUGGCAAUGGGACAGCAGAGGGGUUCUAUCGGUCUGAUAAAGUUCUUACAGUGUCCCUCCAUAUGAAUCAUGGUUCUUGGGGUCCUUCUCAUCCGCAAACUGGAACAGUAGAUGAGCUUGGUGAAGGGGAAGGAUUUGGGUAUAAUUUGAAUAUGCCUUUGCCAAAUGGAACCGGUGACAAGGGAUAUGAAUAUGCGAUGAGGGAGUUGGUUGCCCCAGCUGUUCAGAAGUUUGAGCCAGAUGUGAUCGUGCUGGUGAUUGGACAGGACUCAAGUGCUUUUGAUCCAAAUGGAAGACAAUGCUUGACAAUGGAUGGUUAUCGUGAGAUUGGGCGGAUAGUUCGAAGCUUGGCAGAUAGGCAUUGUGGUGGAUGCCUUCUUAUUGUCCAAGAAGGGGGAUACCAGGUUACAUACUCCGCUUAUUGUGUUCAUGCAACACUAGAAGGUGUGCUUAAUCUUCCACUUCCUUUGUUGUCUGAUCCUAUUGCAUAUUACCCAGAGGAUGAGGCUUUUGCUGUUAAAGUCAUUGAAUCAAUUAAGCAGUACCAAAGGAAUACUGUACCAAUAUUAAAGGAAGAUUGAGACAUGAUUUCGGGGGUAUGUUUACAAGCUGAUUAAGGUUUGUAACUUUGAGUUGUGAGUAAAUUGGAAUUUAUAUCUUCGCUUUAAUCGUGCCAUGUGUAUAGUUAAAACUGUUGUUGUACAAAUAAAUUUCAUCACAUAAACAGAAUAAACACGAUCUUUUUUCUCU